AUGGCACAAGUCCUGGCCCAGCCUGGAGCCCGGAGCCCCACAGGGCAGCCCAGUGGGUCCCAGUGGCUGAGGGUCCCAGGGGUCUCCCUGCCCUGCGGCCUCCCAGCCACAGCUGAGGGGACCCGGGCGCUGGCAGCGGGGGUGCCAGCAAAUUUCCUGUAUCAGCGUAAGUGCGAGUGUCAUUUCGCCAAUGGGACGGAGCGGGUCCAGUUCCUGUACAGAGACAUCUACAACGGGCAAGAGAACGUGCGCUUCGACAGUGACGUGGGGGAGUGCCGCGCGCUGACCGAGCUGGGGCGGCCGGACGCCGAGUACUGGAACAGCCAGAAGGACAAACUGGAGCGGGCUCGGGCCUAUGUGGACACGUUCUGCAGACACAACUACGGGGUGUUUGAGGGAUUCUCGGUGCAGCAGAAAACGGAGCCCACAGUGACCGUGUAUCCUGCAAAGACCCAGCGCCUGCAGCACCACAACCUCCUGGUCUGCUCCGUCAACGGCUUCUAUCCGGGCCACAUUGAGGUCCGCUGGCUGCGCAAUGGCCAGGAAGAAGAGGCCGGGGUGGUGUCCACGGGCCUGAUCCUGAACGGGGACUGGACCUUCCAGAUCCUGGUGAUGCUGGAGACAGUUCCCCUGCGUGGGGAGGUCUACACCUGCCAAGUGCGGCACCCCAGCAGGACCAGCCCUGUCACAGUGGAAUGGAGUGAGAUGCCCUCUGACCUCACAUGCCUCCCCCAACAGGGGCCUUUGCUUGUCUCUGAGGGUCAGGGACCCCUCUCCCCACAGCCCGUUUUCCUUUGUGCCUGUCUCUCCUUCACCACAGGCCACAGGGUAGCCCUGUGAUUGCUGCUGUGAACACCCACAGCCCUGGGAGGCCGCCAUGCCUGCCCUGCUCUGAAUUCCCACACUCUCCCCUUCAU